AUGUCUCAACUCACAAAAGACGAGAUCGAAGAGGUACGUGAAGUGUUCGACCUGUUUGAUUUCUGGGACGGUCGUGACGGAGAUGUCGAUGCCUUCAAAGUUGGUGAUCUGCUCAGGUGUUUGGGAAUGAACCCAACCCAGGAUCAGGUCAAUAAACAUGGUGGCACAAAGAAGAUGGGUGAGAAAUCCUACAAAUUAGAGGAAAUUUUGCCAAUCUAUGAAGAAAUGAGCAUGGAAAAAGAUACUGGAACUUCUGCAGACUUUAUGGAGGCUUUCAAGACCUUCGACAGGGAAGGACAGGGUUUGAUCUCUUCAGCAGAAAUCAGAAAUGUACUUAAAAUGUUGGGAGAAAGACUCACUGAGCAACAAUGUAAUGACAUCUUCACCUUCUGCGAUGUAAGAGAGGACAUUGAUGGAAACGUCAAAUACGAGGAACUGAUGAAGAAGUUCAUAUAUCGCUCAUUCUGUUCAUAUCUAUCUCAGUAUUUUCGUCUUUCUUUCUUUCUUUCUUUCUUUCUUUCUUUCUUUCUUUCUUUCUAUCGCAGUAUUCUAUCAUCUUUCUCUUUCUCACACUAUCUAUCUUCCCCAGUUUUCUCUCAUCUCUCUCUUUCCAUCUAUCUAUCUAUCUAUCUAUCUAUCUAUCUAUCUAUCUAUCUAUCUAUCUAUCUAUCUAUGUCAGUAUUCUAUCAUCUUCCUCUUUGUCUUUUCUCUCUCCCUACACACUAUCUACACACUUUUCUCUCAUCUUCUCUCUCUCUCCCCCUCUAUCUGUCCGUUCAUAUCUAUCUAGCUAGCUAG